GGCCGCGGCGUCCACGUCUACUCGCUCGACACCGGCGUCGGGGUCACGCACGAGGAUUUCACACCGCACGGUCGCGUCGAGUCGGGGUGGAACUUCGUCGGGUGCGACGGGAAAGUCUUCGACGCGUCCGGUCACGGGACGCACGUCGCCGCGACGGCGGUGGGCGCGACGUCCGGGAUCGCGAAGUGCGCGUCGCUGACGCCGGUGCAAAUUUUGGACGGCGAAGGCCGCGGCUCCUCCUCCGACGUGUUGUCCGCGCUGGAUUGGGUCCUCGAGCGGGAGAUUCCGCCGGGGCAUCGCAAGGUGGUCUCAAUGUCCGUCGGCGGGCCGAGGAGCGAGGCCGUCAACGCCGCGGUCCGGGAUCUGACGUCGCUCGGCGUCGUCGUCGUCGCCGCCGCCGGGAACGAACGCGAAGACGCGCGCGGCGUGUCCCCGGCGUCCGAGCCCACCGCGUUGACCGUCGGGAGCACCGCGUGUCGCGUCGCGAAGACCGACGGCGCGCGGUGCGCCGGGGACGCGAUGUCGCCGUUCUCCAACUACGGCCCCGUCGUGGACGUGUUCGCCCCCGGGAGCGACGUGCGGUCCGCGUGGAAAACGUCGGACGCGUCGUACCGAGUCGUCAGCGGGACGUCGAUGGCCGCGCCGCUCGUCGCCGGCGCGGCGGCG